AUGGGUCACAACCGUGAUGACGAGGCCGACGAAUCGAACCUGAAUUACCCGUCGCCAGGGGCCGAAACCAUGGAUACGGGCCCCUUCUACAAUGCAAACGGACGAGACGACACGCAAGAAACUCAUGAACACACGGAUCAGCAUGUGGACAACCAUGUGCCCGGCCCUGACGACCAAAGUCAUCUUCACGCAGAAAACCCAGAGCAAGACCAUCAAGAUGUGUCGCGGCCAGCCAACUUGGAAGAGCUGCAACUCGCUGCGCAGCUCGGCCAGGGACUGGCUGGUGCGGGAAUUAUAUCAGCGACAGAUCCAAACAUGAGCGUCGACGAGACUGGCAUGCGUAGUAUCAUGCCUCAUCCCGAACCGGACCAUCACGGUGCCCCGAACUAUGUGCACGAUACCCCUACCUCGGACCACAUUGUCCAGCACAGCAUGCAAGUGCCUCUUGGCCCGCCUCUCGCCCAGUACAACAUGGGAGAUGGGGUUCCACCCAGGAAACGCUCCAAGGUCUCGCGUGCCUGCGACGAAUGCCGACGGAAAAAGAUCAAAUGCGACGCGCAGACCGACACUGGCGAGGCCCCGUGUUCGAGCUGCGCGCGGUCUGUCAUUCGCUGUCUAUUCAGCCGCGUGCCGCAGAAAAGAGGGCCUAGCAAAGGCUACAUAAAAGAGCUCGCCGACCGAAUUAACAGCAUCGAGAGCAAGCUCGAGAAUGAAGGUGGCGUGUCGCAAGACGAACUCGACAAAAUCUUUAGCGCAGAACGUCAUCGUGGUACGAACGGCACUACGGUUGUGGAGGAUGCUAAUCGCAAGCGCCCAUAUUCGAGCAUCUCAAAUGAAUUCGGCACACCGGCCCCGACUCGUCAGGCACCAUGGGGCUCAGAACCUCGAUCAUUACCCCCAGAAGCAGCUCCUUCAGACGCAUACUACAACAACGCACACUUGGCGCCACAGCCCUCUGCUCUGAAUGACACACCCUCGAAACCCGCCUCCGAGGACGUGGGUGACAUGCCCAUGGAGGACGGCGAGCACGUACCCAACAUUGACGAGGGCGUGCUCAACGACUUUCUCAACUCAGUGCAGCCCCUCUACCCCAUCCUCGCCACGACAAAGACGCGCCAGCAAGCGCUGCUGGCGCAGUGCCCGCUGACUGUCCGCACGGCGUUUGAGAUUGCGCUGCUCGCCGUCGGUCAGAGCACGGCGGGCGAUGUUCAGCAGGCGAGCGCGCUGCUGCACGACUGGGAGAGCAGCGAGGUGCCGCGCAGACGUGCGACGGACAUUGUGCACGCGCAGACGCUACUUUUGCUCAUCAUUGACGCGGAUUGGCGUUCUGUGGCGACGUUGCCAUUCUUGUUGUCGCGCGCCGUCGGCCUCGCAAACAGCAUGAAGCUUUGGAGGCUGCCACCUGUAGAUCCUGCUGCCGAGACGGACUCUGACGAGGCCCUCUGCACGCGCAUCUGGUGGUCGCUCAUCGGCAUGGAUCGGUGGUACGCUGCUGGCACUGGCAAGCCGCCUCAGAUUCCGGACAAUAGCGUGGUAGCCCACGCGGGGCUGGAUGCCGUCCUUGGAGAAACCUGCUACUAUUUCACUCGUCUUUCCAAGCUUCUCAAUCGGAUAUCCUUUGUCAUUUCCAACUUCCCGGUGGGCGUCGCCACUGCGGACGUGCCCAUGGCUGCCAUCCUAGGCGACUACAUUGAAAACUACCGCGAAGAGCUACCCGCGCACGUGGACGCCGCCGCAUACCCCCUGAUCCACCUCGCCUACUGGCACUGCAAGCUUCUCAUCACCCUCUUGACGCCCGGAUCGACCGCCACGGAGACGCUCUGGCCGACCAAGGAGGUGACGCAGCUGCUGCUGGCGACACCGCUGCUGCGCAGCCCGCUCGUCAAUCAUUACGUCUCGCUGGCCGCCAUGUCCAUCACCACGCUGUCCAAGUCGGAGCGCACGCGUGACGAGGCCCUGGCGCUCGCCCGCGACGUUGUCGAGAGCGGCAGCGAGCACUGGGUUGGUGUGCGCGACCGCCUGGCAGAGGUCAUGCGCCCGACAUCGUCGUCUGCUGAUACGGCAGCCGCCAGUCAUGGCCUGCAGCACCUCGCGGAUCUGGCAACGGCCCAUGAAGGCAUUGUUUCCGCGGAGGGCGAAGCGGCUGCCGCUGCUGCCGCUGCGGCGGCGGCGGCAUCUCUUGCUACGGGCUACCUCGAAGUUGCGUAG